AGACACACAGACAACCAACGUGCACAGGAUGCUAUCAAUGUCACAUUGUUCCACUGGGGAGUUCAUGCUUGGGUAGUGUACAGUCUGGUUGGUAUCCUCAUGGGUCUGGUGAGUUACAGACAAGGAUUACCCAUGACAAUACGUUCAUGUUUUCAUCCUCUCAUGGGAGACAGGAUCUAUGGAUGGAUUGGUGACGUCAUCGAUAUUCUCUCCGUAAUUGUCACCAUGUUUGGUGUAUGCACAAGCCUUGGUCUCGGAGUGAUCACAUUAAAUACUGGCAUCAAUAGAAUGAACAGUGAUAUAGCAGAGAACAGCACAAAUCAGAUUAUUAUUAUUUGGAUAAUCACUGUAAUUGCGACCAUUUCAGUCAUAUCAGGACUCAAAGUAGGCAUCCGUCGUCUUAGCGAGAUCUGCUUCUGCAUGGGAAUGGCACUGAUGAUGUUUGUUUUGUUCUAUGAUAAUACUUGGUAUCUACUCAAUCUCUACGUGCAAAGUAUUGGAUACUACUUUCAAUAUAUCAUUCAACUUGGUUUUCACACUGAUGCAUUCGCUCAGCUUGGAAACGCUCCUGACAAAAUGGAGAACCCAACUUGGAUGGAUGACUGGACGAUCUUCUAUUGGGGAUGGUGGAUUGCUUGGUCUGCAUUUGUUGGCAUGUUUAUAGCCAAAGUUUCCAAAGGUCGAACUAUUCGUAAUGUGAUCAACGCAACUAUGACAGCACCGAUCUUAUACAGCUUCUUGUGGCUUUGUAUCUUUGGCGGUGUUGGUAUCAAAAUGGAACGUGAAGCAGUGCUGAAAAACAUCACAUGCAACUCCACCCUUGGUGGUGGACUUUCCACAGAAUCAUACAACGGACUGUACCGUCUGUCUUGCCGAACGUCCAGCCAAAUGUUUUUCGACGUACUCCAGCAAUAUGGUGAGAAUCUAGAAGGCUUCUUAUUCGGUUUAUCUAUGGCAACGAUCGUCUUGUACUUCGUGACGAGCUCUGACAGUGGUUCCUUGGUUAUUGAUUGUCUAUCGGCCAACGGCAGCCCAGAACCGCCCAUUGUGCAACGUAUAUUUUGGGCGUUGACAGAAGGUGCGUAUAUUCGAAUCAUAUAGGGAGGAAAAUUUUUUCUACAAUAUUUAUAAUUUUCUUCUUCGGAUCCAGACUCUGUUCAGAAUUUCUUGAAAAUAUUUAAUAUGUGGUGUGGUGUACAAUGUGUUUAAUAUAUUCAAUAUUGUAUUAUAAACACAGCAAUAAUUAACGUAACAUCAAACACUCAUUAAUAAUUCAUAAGCUUAUUAGCAAAUCAUGUCAACCAUAAUAUGUCACGUGUAGUGGCUUUAAACCUGAUAAAACACUCCUAAUUAGUAUUCUUUAUAUAAAGAAUACUAAUAAGGCAAUAUCUAUUGUAGUCGUGUCCUCAUUGGUAUUCUUUAUAUAUAGAAUACUAAUUAGGCAGUAUAUCUAUUGAAUUUGUAGUCGUGUUUGAAGCCGUUUAAUAAACUCGCAGGUCGUGUUUUAUUAGGUCUAAAGCCACUCGCGCUGCGCGCUCGUGGCUUUAAACCUAAUAAAACACUCCUGCUCGUUUAUUAAACACUCCUGCUCGUUUAUUAAACAGUACUCAUAGUGUCCUGAAUGAUCAAUAUAAAAUUACGAUAAACAGAAAGUAAUAUACUUAAUUUUUUAAGAGGCAUAUUUUUUCAAUGUUACGUAUUUGCAAUGAAAAGUGUUCAAAACCUAAAAUCUUUUUGGCGUUCCUCUCAAAAUUACUUUGUUUUAGCUUUAUUCUCUAGUUUAUAGAGUUAGCAACCUUUUUAAAUGCAUCUGCCGGUUGAGAAAGGCGUAGGACAAAACAUGGACUCAAGCCCGUAGCUGGCUUUCAAUUUCUGGGGGGGGCACUCACUGCAGAAAGAAUGUAACAGACGGUUUGAGAUAAGAAAAACUUUUUUCCGGAACCCCCUUCCGGCGCCCCUGCGUGCAAGUCAAGAAUAGAGAAAAUGGAAAAAUCAGUCCAGUCCAACUGUCCAGUCCAGUCCAGUCCAACUGUCCAAUCCAGUCCAGUCCAACUGUCCAGUCCAGUCCAGUCCAUGUUUUGUACUAUGCCGUUGAGAAACCUAAAGUAAUAGUUAAAAAUUGUCAAUUAAAAUACAAUUAUCGAUCAUGAUGCUUUAAAAUUGACGCCAUAUUUACAGCCAUAUAAGCAAAACUUACUGAACUUCAGGCGUCAUUUUCUCUUUGGCGUAUCAUCUAAAAUCUCUUCAUUUUAGCAUUAUUUUACAGAUAAAGCGCUAAACAUACUUCUUAAGUUUGUUUGCCGAUUGAGAAACGUAUCGAAAAAUAAAAAUUUUGAAUUUAGUCAUAACCUCAAGUGGAAUAUUAUACGCAUUAGUUUUGAGCGCGUGUUACGUAACAUACAAAAAAAUAUCCUCUUAAUAAAAUGGGAUUCUGUUGAUUCUUAAUUAAAUUCUUAAUCCUCCUUUUUUGAAAUUAAUAUGAGAUAGACGAUAGCAGUAAUUAUCACUUAUUUACUGAGAUCGAGGGAAACGGUGUGUUUUGUGAACCCGAGACCGCCGUUGUUGCACGAGGCGAAGCCAAGGCAACAACGGCGGUCGAGGGGUCACAAAACACACUGCUUUCCCGAGGUCUCAGUAAGUAUGAAUAAUUCACUGGUUAUUGGAGUGAACUUAAUUUGAAACCAAAACUGGAUAAAUGGAACGCCGUAAAUGUUUAGUAGAAAGUUUAAAAAAUGAACUUUGGAACUUCAUGGUUGACACGCAUGCGUAUUGCAGCCAUUAUAUUAUUGACCGGUCAAUAAAUGUUUCAUUUUGGACCGGUUGCCGAGCAUGACGUUUUGUGGACCGGCACAUGAUACGGUUUUGACCAAUCGGCAAACAGAAAAAUUGAACUUUGACACCAACUAUAUAACAACAAUAUAUAUUGUUAUAUAUAGUUAGUGUCAAAGAUCAAUUUUCCUGUUUGCAGAUUGGUCAAAACUGUAUCACGUGCCGGUCCACAAAAUGUCAUGUUCACUGCGUGCUUUGCCGAGGAGGCAACGGGUCCACAAUGAAACAUUUAUUGACCGGUCAGUAAUAAAAUGGCUGCAAUACGCAUGCGUGUCAACCAUAAAGUUCCAAAGUUCAUUUUUUAAACUUUUUAUUAAACAUUUACGGCGUUCCAUUUAUUCAGUUUUGGUUUCAAAUUUGAAGUUCAUUCCAAUAACUGGUGAAUUAUUCAUACUUUGACAUUUCGUCUCGGGAAACAACGGCGGUCUCGGGUCCACAAAACACACUGUUUCCCUCGGUCUCAGUAAAUAAGUGAUAAUUAUUUCAUUUACUAUUAUUAUAUUAUUACAAAUUGAAAUAUGUACUUCAUAUACAGUAUGUAUACCUCUAGCUCAUCGUCUUGCAGCCGGGUUGUUGCAGUUUUCUGAACAAUAAAAUUGAAUUGUAUCAUUUAGGGGCCGAUUACAUGGAGAACUUUUAACCCCGGGGUUGAACUCAGCCCUGUUAAUUAACCGGGUUGAAAUCUUUUGCGAUUACAUGGACGAUUUCAACCCCGGGGUUGAAACGCUAUACUAUACGUUCUCGGCAUCGAUUCCCGGAAGUAAAAAAGCCUUUAUUUUGUUUUCUUGUAAUAAAUAAUCACUACCAUGUAUGCCCGAAUAACUCAUGAUAAUUAAUGAAACGAUUACAUGACAAAAUAUUCAACCCAGGGCUGAGUUCAACCCCGGGCUGAGUUCAACCCCGGGGUUGAAAUUUCAACCCUGCUUCAGCGUUUGAUUUUGAUAGAGUUUUGUAUUACAGACAGGGCUGAAAUUUCAACCCGGUAAACAGGGCUGAGUCAAAGAGUGGCUGAGUUCAACCCCGGGGUUGAAAAUGCUCCAUGUAAUCGGCCCCUUAAUUGCAUUAUUUAGGUGCUUGCGCUACAGCGCUGUUGAAGGCUGGUGGUAAAGAUGCUUUGGAUGCCCUGCAAACAGUUUCAAUAGCUGGAGGCUUGGUCUACACCGUCAUCAUAUGUUUCAUGUGUGUUUCAGUAUGGAAAGUCAUGAAGGAAGAAGCUGGAGAAAGCCAGCCCGAGGCUCCGCAAUUUUCAUGUUCUCUUCUCGCAGUUCUUGAUUUCAAUUCAAGGGCGAAAUGGUUGAAUGUCCUUACUGCAGCUUUAUUUCCAUGGUUUCGCGGAGGCCAAGCUGCAGGCAAGGUUUACAAGCAGGAAUCUUGGCCCCAUAUGGUUAUCCUCGCUUUACUGAUGUAUUGUUGGAUUGCUCUCGAAAUUGCUGAAAUCGCGGAACAGGGUUUGGCGUAUAUUGGAUGGGUCGUGUUGUUUGCAUUCUUUGCUUAUCUCGCGGCAAUACGUAUUGCCAUUCGAGCUAGGAGUGGAAUCAAGGGUAGUAUGUUCGAAGAUGCUCUGGCUGUUAUCUUUUUGUAUCCCCUUGCAGUUGACCAGAUGCAUGAACAUAUAUUUUUCGGAGAUGUACAAGACACGAGACAAGAUAAAGAUAUUGGCCUCCAGAACCCAGGACAAGAAAAAAACAUGGAUACAUACGAUAAAAGUAAUGGAGGAAAACAGUUUGAAGAAGCUCAUUUUUAGUAAAAUUUAAAAACUAAGUGACGUUUAGAAACACUUAAUCGUAAUUUUGGGUGUUGUAUAAUAACAUACUAGUAUAUAUAGUAUAAUAACAUACCAGUAAGAACUUGUACAUUACCAUUUUCAAUUUAAUCAUUUAAAGGAACAUUUUUUUUAACAUUUCUAUUAUUUAGCUUUAAUAGCGUAGAUCUAUAUUUUUCAAGUAAUUUUCAUAACCAUGUAUAUGUACUUUUUUCUGUAAACUAUUUAACCAUUAGGUAUUAUAACAUUACUUUAAUUAGGAGUAUUCUUAAAUUUCUUUACAUACACAUUGUCAUUGAAUUGAAGUAUUCUUAAAUCUUCAUAAAUUGCCCUGUAUAGUUUAAUUUUUUGUAAUAUCAGUAUUUGCAAUAUUUCUAUCUUUGGACACUACGUUUACUAUACAGUAUAUUAUUGUAAUAUCCUAGUUUGCAUUAAUUAUAAUUUUAAAAAUCCAGCGGC